AUGCAUUACUACAUCAAAAAACUCACGUGGGCCAUCGUACGAGAGAGGAGCAAAGAAGUCACCGAUAAGCUAUUGCCGAAAACGCAGGAGUCGACAGGUUCUCAAGCUCAUCUACUGGUACCAACAAAGAAACAGACUCCAUUAAAAAAAACGCAAAAAGUGACACGGCCGCUUCGUUCUGGUGUCCAGCAAUCGAAACCCUUGAAAGUCUGCACUGCAGAUGAGCAGCAAGAAGACGACGAAGCAGCAACAUCGGAAGACGCUGAAACGAGUACUCGAAAGAUCCGAGCGUUGGUAUCAAUAAUCAAGAGAUUACUGGACAAGGCCACGGAAGACGUCAGCGCACAGACCAUCAAAGAUGCUGCUUUUCAAGGGACAAACCUUGCGCAUAGUGAAUGUAAAGCUGCUGCUCAUAUUUGCAAUGCUCUUAGACCGUAUUACAUGCCGGCAAGUGAUGAAAAUGACGACGACGAUACCGAUGACAAGGACAGCCUGACGAUCCAUCAAUGUGCGCCACUUGCAUACAUCACCAACACAGCUAACCAAUGGGCCACCUUCCCUUCUGUCGAUGAAAAAGACCAAUCCCUGCAUAUAUCAACCGACGUUUUGUACACCCUUUUCUCGGGGGAUUUCAAGAUCCCAGCUGAGACACCGAAAGGGGAGAUUACAAGCAAAAGGGAGGCAGUCGACUGGAGGCGCAAGCGCGAUGUUUUCGGUGCAUUUUUCAAGCUUCCCAAGAUCCAACAAGCCAUGGAAUCCAAGAAAUUGACUCUUGCGUACCGCGUUACGUUUGUCAAUCGCCAUACAGUGCGGGUGCUUGGUACUAGAACUGUCACGACUGGCGACUCUGAUCGGCGGGACAAGGAGACCGCAAAAGAAAAAGAGCAGGACAACUCCUCCGGUGAUGACGACAGCAAUAUUGGAAGCGAUGAGGGUACAAGUGUGGCUAAAGUCGCAAGCAAAGGACAAGCGUCUCGAUCGAAAGGAAAAGGGCGAGCGGGAGCGGGAUUGUCUGGAAAGAACAGAUCAGCGAAGGCACGUAAGAAGAAAAAGCAAAAAGCGCAGCGUCGCAAGCGAAAAAGUCAAGAUGAGGAACGGCGGCCAAGGAAACGACAUGCAGCACAGAAGGAAGACAAGGCAGAUAUUGAAGAACUCAAGACUAAUUUGGGGCAGAGGAUCCGCAGGUUGGCAAGUCGACUACCUGGCUUACUAAAAGAAUGUGGGACUCUUGAAGAGAAGCGCGCCGACAUUGGAAGACAGUUCCGUCGUCGGACCAAGAUGAAGGAAGCUUGGAUCUUGAGCUAUAUCAAGAGCUUCAGGCUGCAAGAGCUGCAAUCCGCCAUGUCGCAGUUGUACGUCGCAGAAAUGCAUUGUAUCGGCAAGGACGUGGCCAAGGGAAUUGUCCCUGACGAUAAGAUCGAGUCAACUGUCCAAAAGACCAUUCUCGAAUCUCUGCAAAACAACAAUCCAUUGGCUGUGGCUGGUAUCGACCCAGGACAUGUCGUCGCUGCUACUGCUGUAUUAACGACUACCACUCACAUCUUUGAUACCAUACAGCAAUACACCGAUGGAUUAAUUGCACCAUUGCCACCAUCUUUUGCAUCAUCAUCAGCAACAACGCAAGAACAAGGCAUACCACAGCAAUCAUCAAUAUCGUUGCCAACCCCCUUGCCUAAACCACAUAUUUACACGUCGAAGAAGAAAAACUCUGCAACAUUUGCAACGAAACACCAAAAACGGCGCGAGAUCUUCAAAAGGAAGGGUAUCGACGAUGCAGAUAGACGGUAUAAGGAAGGUCGCACUCGUGAGCUGCGUCAUAAAAUAUACCACAGCAAAUUAGCUUCGGCUUGGCGCCUACCUGGGAUCAAAUCCACAUUGCAUUUCUUUGGUUCGUGGCGGGCCGGCAACAAAGGGUUCAAGAAGCACCAACAAGGUGCAAGCAAAAAAUUAAAGCAAGAACUGGACGCACCGGAAAACAGCCAUCUGUGCAUCACUGACGAGUACCGGUCCAGCAAGACUUGCCCAUAAUGCCACGAGCCAACAACACUGCAAAAAUACCGUGGCGAGGAUGGAAAGCUGCGACCGGCGAACGGCGCUCUCAAGUGCACGAAGCUUACGUGCCCCAGUCGCAGCCAAAGUACGUUCAAUCGCGAUGCAGUAGGCGGAUUCAACAUUGCUGUGAUAGGGAUGACAAAGGUUAUGUCUGCAAAUAGCACCCCUAUGCCCCCCUUUUCCCGAUCACGUGCACCCACCUACAUCCUCUCACCCGCUUUUCAGCGAUUCAAGAGCGCGAAGCUGGAUAAAAAAGAGUAGAAACGCCUGUAUUUUCCAACUCAGCACAAUAAUCUUACUAUGUGCUAGCAUUUAUAGCAACAGACAAAUCAACAC